AACGUUUUUGGCGAAUGGCAUGUAUUGUUAUCGCACUUUCUUUGUAUUAUGCUAUCGAUAUAUUAAAGUAAAUCUCUAUCGUUUUGUUAACAUUAAACAAAUCUCUCGCUAUGAGUUCGGGCGCUGUUCGAACGCCCGUAUCGCAAAUAAUCCACAAUAAGGAUGAUCAAGAUGUUGAGGACGAGCCCAAAAAGAAGUCACGCGAAGAUUGGCGCAAGGCCAAGGAGCUGGAGGAAGCCCGAAAAGCGGGUACUGCGCCGGCCGCCGUUGACGAGGAAGGUCGUGACAUAAAUCCACACAUUCCGCAGUAUAUUUCAAAUGCGCCCUGGUACUACGGCUCCCAGGGGCCCACAUUAAAGCAUCAACGGCCACAGCACGAAGAUGAACGUGGUCAAUUGGACAAUAGGGCUCCCAAAGGCCUGGACACCACAAAACUGGUUACCAAGUUUCGUAAGGGCGCCUGUGAAAAUUGUGGCGCCAUGACCCAUAAGAAAAAGGAUUGCCUGGAAAGGCCGCGCAAGGUCCAGGCCAAGUACGCCGAAUCGAUUGUGGUGCACGACGAGCACAUUGUGACCGAUGCGUCGAUUAACUAUGAUGAAAAGCGGGAUCGAUGGAGCUCCUACGAUCCUUCCAAUCAUCGCGAAAUCAUCGAGGAGUAUGAAAAAGUCGAGGAAGCAAAGCGCCAGCUUAAGGCAGAGAAAUUAAAGAAUGAUCCUGAUGCUGAAAUCUCCGAUGAGGAGGGUAACGAGGACAAAUACGUGGACGAGGUGGACAUGCCAGGCACAAAAGUCGACUCAAAACAGCGUAUUACCGUGCGUAAUUUACGCAUACGUGAGGAUACAGCGAAAUAUUUGCGCAAUUUGGAUCCAAACUCAGCUUACUAUGAUCCCAAGACGCGAUCUAUGCGCGACAAUCCCAAUCCAGCUGUUCCAGCGGAGGAAGCGGAGUUUGCGGGCGAGAACUUUGUACGUUUCUCUGGGGACACAACAGCCCAAGCCACUGCACAAUUGUUCGCUUGGGAGGCGCACGGCAAGGGCGUCGAUGUCCAUUUGCUUGCCGAGCCCACAAAGCUGGAGCUGCUGCAGAAGGAGUACGAACAGAAAAAGGAACAGUUCAAGUCAAGUACCAAAACAGACAUCGUGGAAAAGUACGGAGGCGAGGAGCACUUACAGGUGCCGCCCAAAUCGUUAUUGCUUGCUCAAACCGAGGAAUAUGUCGAGUACUCGCGCAGUGGCAAGGUUAUCAAAGGCAUCGAGAAGCCUAAGGCACGCAGCAUAUACGAGGAGGAUGUGUACAUAAACAAUCACACAACCAUAUGGGGCAGCUUUUGGAAUUCCGGUCGUUGGGGCUACAAAUGCUGCAAAUCCUUUAUUAAGAACUCCUACUGUGUGGGCAUGCAGGAGCCGGAAGGCUAUUCCGAUCAACAGCAGCAGCAUCCGGCAACAUCAAGUGCACCUCCAGUCGCCGCUCCAAUUGUAGAUGCUGUGCCAAAAAUACAGACGGAAGCAUUAGAAAAUGAGGCACCAGGCUCCGAAGUAGAUUCUGCGCCUAGUUCGGAAGAUUCCUCCGAAACUGAAGAGGAAAUAAAGGAGAGCAAAAAAUCAAAGAAAAAAUCAAAAAAGCGCGAAAAGAAAAAGAAAGCCAAGGAGCAGCGAAAAAACAAAAAGAAACACAAAGAAAUUAAGGAAAAGGAGACGCCUGCAGUCCGAUCCGAGAAUCAGCCUGAUGAAAUUGAUGAUAGAAAGCGGCCAUACAAUAGCAUGUACGAUGUUAAGGCGCCUACCGAGGAGGAAAUCGAGGAAUGGAAGAAGAAACGCACGCGCACCGACGAUCCCAUGCUGCAAUUUUUAUAAACAAAUGUAUAUACCUAAUAUAUUAAA